GUGCGGGCAUUCAUUUUUGUGCAGAAUGAAAAUGGAAUGAUCUAGAAUUCUCAAUCGGUUUUCAGUUGAAACCAUAAUAAGGUGUAUUAAAUGGGCCAGGUGGUUGUGUAUCUGGCAGCUUCUUCAGGGGUGUUGGUUUAGGUCACGUGUGGCAGAGGUCCCAGGUUUCCAUUGCAUUUAAAUCGAAAUGUUGCUGUCUAAAGUUAACUAUAAAAAUUGUGUGUAUCACUUUUUUCCAAGUGCGCACUUUAGUUAGCGCUCGACUACGAAUCACACAGCAUGGCAAAAAGUUAGCUAUUGGGUGAGGGAUGUUGAAGAGAUCUGUGCCAACCCAAACCUAGUAACCUGUAGGUGCCUGUUGAGUGGCUGGGGAGUUGUUUUUAGAAGCAAUUGUUAGGAAGCUCUCAUACAACCGUGGAAUGAUUCAUAUUGCUCCUGUCUUUUUAAUGCAAAUCAUCCAACAAGCUGUUAGCAGUGGCUCUACCAGUCUACGUGUAGACAUUAGUGGUGUUUGGAUGAAUAGAAUGGAAAUCAGUAGGUUUCAGGGUCAAAGGGGGUUCCCAGCAAUAUUCCAUAAUGGCAAAAUAAGCAAGGGACCUCACUGAGGUGCAGUAGUUACUUUCUAGAAGAUUCACAUUGAAUAAAAACAGGUAGGACAAUGUCGUAAUACCCUUGGGCGAGACACUUAAUCUAAUUCGCUUCAGUAUGUACACAGCUGUAAUUUAUGGAUUCUUGUUGCGCAAGUUUCUCUGGAUAAUAGCGUAUGCUAAAUGCCAGUAUGUAAUGCAAUGUUUGCAGCUGCUUGCUAAAGGGAAUUAAAAGGUAAUCUGGGAGCUUUCCGAGCCCUUGGCUGCCAGAUCACAGCAAGACUCAAAGGUGAAAAUCAGGGAUGGCCCAGUCUUCUCGACCCAGCCAUCAGAGACACACUGGGAAGACCUUGCUUUCCUGCCUCGGAGUCUCGUGUUUUUACUCAAUGGCACAGAGUUAUGCUUAAGUAGCUUCAACCAAAAAAAAAAACAUGUAUACUGAACUCAUCUCUUGUGAAGCUGAAAAUAAAUUGGAAUAUCACUUCCAUAUUGUAAACUAUUUUUGAGUGGGGAGCGCAGGUUCUUAGGCCAUAAAGAAAUUGUUCAUGUUUCAUUUUAUCUGUUUCUUCUUUCAUUCUGGCACAGGCUGUAUGUUCAAUCUCAGGUCAUAUCGCCAUUAUAGAUCAAACCAUCAUAUGCAGUGGACAUAUAGCUUAAGUAUGAUUCAAAUAAUGCAUCAGUGAUGAAUGUAAUUAAUCAGGUUUGAUUUUAAUAUGGCUGUGGUUAGGGUUAUAAAAAUGGUUAGGGUUGAGGCAGGAUUUGGGUUUCAUUCAGGAUCUAGGGCUCGGGUCAACCUUCUGCAUUGUAAUGUGUUAUUGGUGAAAUACAGUUAUUUCCAAUUUUGCAUUGUAUCGACUAUUUUGAUUGUUUAUAAUCAGUGUUAAUAGAAAAAAACUCAUGUAAAUCUCUUAUUUUCAUGUUCAAGUGCUAGGACUAGAAUUUAUACAAGGGUUAUUUUUUUAACAUUUGAUUGUUUUUCAUUCAUUAAUCGAAAAAUCACCCAUAGUCUUAUGUAUUGUUUCUGGGAUUUGGGUUAGGGAUUUUGGGUUAUGUUCAGGAUUAAGGGUGAGUGUUAGUCUUAGUUUUUCAUAUUACCCAAAGAAAAAGGAAUCCAGAGUUCUGUGGAACAGUUUCUUUUUCAAGCUGAAUGAUUAGUUAAGCAUGUACCUGCUGAUUCUUUUUUUAACAGGAUAUGUGAGGUUUCGAUGCGUUUCGUGCAUAACUAUUCACUUAACACUUGUUCUGACCUGUAUCCCUGUAUUAUUUUUUUCUCAGACCUGGAAAGUCAGCAUUUUUCACAUCUGAAACUCAAGUGUGUGUGCAGUUCCUUACACGUGUGUAUGCAUAUGCACAUCAAUCAUUUGUACAGAUUUCACUUCUGCUAAUCAACUUGUCAAUGCAUUUGUAAUUAUUAUAAAUAUUAUUCUAAUGAAAGACAGUAUUAGCUCAGUGUUUCUCAACCCUGGUCCUGGGGACCCAUUGUGUACGUUAGUUUUUGUUCCAACCUAAAUAGCAAGCUUUGUUUUGUAAUGAGAAAUACUAUAAUCAUUUUGUUAUUAUAGUAUACUUUUCUUUUUUUAUUUAGGAUGUACACCUUCUAAUAUCCCAUUUUUUGUACUUGACAGUAUAAAUGUUACAUGACUCCCUCAGUUAAAAAAAAAAAAAAAACCCAUAUUUAGUUCAAUCCAGUGUCAAAGAGACCCUCUGUUCAGCAAGAGCGCCCAGAUGUGGACUCACAGACAGGUCUUCUUUCUCGUACUCCGGCUCAUUUCAAAUCUCGCGAUUUUACGUCCUCGCGAUGUGUUGCCUUGACUUGUGUGGCAAGCAGCUCUCGGACGUUAACUGUAUCGAGCUUCUCCUGAACGCGCUAGUACAGUUGAGCGUGGAGAGCGCAGAAGACGUGAGGCAGAGGGCUGACACAGUGGGACAGACAAGAGGAUAUUAACAUGGAGUUAAGAUGAGAAUGACGUGUUCUCAGCUCGGAUCAGAUAAAAUGGGCAAGUCAAGAUUUUUUCGAAAUGGUCUAAUCCUGGGUUCUGUGUUUACCAUUCUACUGAUUAUUAUUUAUUGGGAUGAUGUGGGAGCUGCUCAUUUUUACCUGCAUACCACCAUAUCUGGACCUCAGGCUUCCCGACCCCCCCCCAUAAGUCGCUCCACGCCUAAGCACGAGGCUGUCGAGAACUCCAUCCCGUUAGACAUUGAUGCAUUUCUUAACCAGUUCUUAGAAGGCACUUCAGAGCCCCAUCAAAAAACAAGGGAUGACAACACCCCAGCGGCCUUUGGAAGUGCAUCCACGGCUGCCGGCAAACCAGAAGACAAGGACACCUCCGAGGAGAAGAGAAAGAGACAGGACGACAGGAAGCAGUUGAUGCAUGACUUGUGCAGCAUCAACAGCACCCUAGACUUUCCGGGGAAGAGCAGAACUUUUGACGACAUUCCCAGCAGAGAGCUGGACCACCUAAUUGUUGACGACCGCCACGGGAUCAUCUACUGCUACGUGCCCAAGGUGGCGUGCAGCCACUGGAAGCGUGUCAUGAUAGUGCUGAGCGAGACCCUCCUAGUCAACGGUGUGCCCUACAGGGACCCUAUGGAUGUUCCAUCCGAGCAAGUUCAUGACAUUAAAGUCCACCUCACCCUCAACAAGUUCUGGAAGCGCUAUGGCAAGUUCUCCCGACACCUUAUGAACGUCAAGCUGAAGAAUUAUACCAAGUUCCUGUUUGUCAGGGACCCGUUUGUGCGUCUGAUCUCAGCCUUCAGGAACAAGCUUGAGAAGGCGAAUGAGGACUUCUACCGAAGGUUUUCCACCGUCAUGCUAAAGAGGUAUGGCAAUUACUCCAACCCCCCGGCUUCGGUUGUUGAUGCAUUCAGGUCCGGUAUUCGACCGUCUUUUUCUCAUUUCAUUCAGUAUCUAUUGGACCCUAAGACACAAAAAGAGAAGCCCUUCAACGAGCACUGGAAACAAGUAUAUCGCUUGUGUCAUCCCUGCCAAAUCAACUAUGACUUCAUAGGAAAGUUGGAGACUGUGGACGAGGAUGCCGAACACUUGCUCCGAACCCUUCAGGUGGAUAACAUCAUCCAUUUCCCCCCCGGCUACCGCAACAGAACAACUAGCAGUUGGCAGCGAGACUGGUUUUCCAACAUCCCCUAUGAAUCAACCAGGAAGCUAUACAAGCUCUAUGAACCAGACUUCAAACUGUUUGGAUACUCCAAGCCAGAAAAACUGUUAAAUGACUUAUAGACAAACCUCCUGGGGAGAGUUUAGAGACAGCUUUGAGAUUACAUUUAUUUUCCUCACCAAAAAAUACAUACAUAUUCCAGUGAAAGAAACCUGGAUGGUCCAUCAGAGCAGUCCACAUUGCAUUUCUGAAGCCUGAACCUUCCAUUAAUCUCUAGUGUGCAUGGCAUUUUGAGCAACCACUAUCAAAGUGGGAUCUGCUUCUCAAUUCUAAUCAGUGAAUUGAAUAGGAACAAGUACAUGCGCUUUAGAAAGGUUUCCGACAACAGGACCUGGAUCUGCAACAAUCCUUUUGGAAAGUCUGAAUAAUAUUUGUAGGGAUGAAGGAGGCACUAAGCAGUAUGUUAUUGGUAAUAAAUAAAACCGCUUUGAAAUGGGUACACAUUUUCAGGAAUGAUCAUUAGAAAGAUAGGGCCUAUGACUUAAAAUGAUCUAUGCAAUGGGAACUUAUUGUUGACAAAAUUAAGUUUACAACUGAAGCAGUGGUAACACUGAAAAUAUGCCUAGCAAGCUAGUGAAUUUUUGUUACACAAACAAGGGUUUUGGUUACUAUAGUAUUGGUUAACCUUGAGAUCUCAAAAGUUUCAAAUAUCCCAAAUGAGCACUUUCUGUUCAGAACUUUUUCCAUGAGGAGCCUAAACUCAUCAUUUAUUCUGUGCCCAGCCAUUUUGAUCAUUUAUGAAUUAAGUGGUCCAUGUUUCAACUUGUGAGAUUAGCCCGAGGCUAAACAUCAGUGUAGCAUUGGUGUUUACUUCCGGCUGUAGAAUGCAAAUUUCUGAUUUGAAUUUCUGAGCAGUGUUGGAGGUCCCAAAUGUAUCCUCUUUUGAAGAGUCAGUGAAUUGUUGAAUGUUUAAGACUGCACACAGUUCAGCUUCCAUGGGAAAUAUCUGCAAGCCAUAGACCCUGGUCACAGAACAUAUGUUGUGUUCUAACCAGGCAUAUCUAUUGUGUGCCAUCAUGAAAUAUGGAUAGAAAGCAAUAUAUGUCCAUUGUAAUGUGUAGACAUAAAUACAUGCUUACCCAUAUGGAGAUGAUUAGAUUGAGGUUUUGUUUUUUUUAGUGCACGCCCAGUGUGUAUUUUCCAUACAGAAAUAUAUAUUUUUUUUAGUUUAUGCACAUACAAACAUUUUAUGGUAGUAGUGUUAUUGGAAUGAACACACUCCUGCCAGUAUUGUCUGGGUUCUUCUUCCAUGCAUGCCUGUAUGUAACAUUAUUUUUGACUAUUUUUAUGAAUGUUGUUGGGUUCACAGGGAAAGGUGGCAUACUGUGCAGGAUUUUUACCUUGAAAAUAUGACAAAAAUAAGGCAUAUCUAUGAUGCCCCGGCAAUCUCUUGUCAUUCUAUGCACUUUUGCUGAAUUAGGGCACUGGCACCUGUAUUUGUUAUUCUAAAAUGUGUUUGGGACAUUUCUGGGUGGCACUCUUUUCUGUGUGGGGAGGGGUGGGUGUGGCUACAGGGCCUGAAGUUUGGAAUUAGAUGUUAGCGGACUGUUGCUAGCUGGCUAACCGCUGCAAUGGCCCAAAUACAGUGAAGCACGAGCCGAAAGGGCUCAUUCAAGAACUGGCGUUCAGUUGCUUUUCCCUCAGUGGCAUCAGCUGAAAUUCGGCAAGGGGAUGAUGCGUUACCUCUAGCUAGCCAGCUCUGGUUUUCAAAUUAUUUGUACACUCGUGGUCCCGACCGGACCAUGUAAUGUCAGGUCUGAUAGGAGAAAGUUACCUGUAGUUUAUACUGAAUUCACAUGUGAGUGGCUUGGUCGGGUACUUGGGGGUGAGUGGGCGGGGAGACUUUGAAUGUAAACACAUGGCCACAGCAAGGCUAAAAUAUCCUGCAAAUUAUUCCCUUUAAACAGCUAGAAUAUUUAGCAUUUUUACUUCAGAAAAUGGGGCCUGCGAUGUAAAUACAGUAUCUAUGUUGGCUGGAGAUUACAAAGAGAUACUCCAUUGCACAGCCAUACCUCAGGGUUGGAAAAUGUGUGUGUGUGGGGGGAGAUCAAAGUUUUUCAAGUCAAGUAUUUUUCUAAUUGAAUUUUAUUUAAGGAAAUAUUUUUAAGUAAGGGAAUUAUUUUCAUAAGCUGAGGUGUAAAACAUAUAUACAUAUAUAUUUUUGCUACCACUUAAAGUGUUUUAUUAAAUAAUUUUUCCAGCUAUUGUGCUGCAAUUGAUGAGAGCAGUUUUUGUUGGGGGAAGUCAAUGAUUUUGUGGUAUUUUAUAAGGCUUUGAUCUAUAUGCGCUUAAAUGAAAAGACUGUAUUCUAUGUUCUGCCUCUGCAGUAGCUUGCCUUUAAUGUUCAGUGGGUAUCCUAAACAAACUUCUGGUUUUGGUGACUUUUUGUUAAUCUGUAUGGAUGAGGUGUCCUUGAAAGGACUGGUCUAUAAACUUCAGUUUGCACAGAGGUGUCCUCACUAUCUGUUAAACUACAUAAAAAAUAUAAAUGGUCUCCAUCAAUGACUAGAUGGGGGUUAUUUUAGACAUGUAUUUAAAUGUUCAACAUGGCUUUUACUUGCAUGGACCAAGUUUUUUUGGGA